AUGUGCCAGCGGGUGCACCCACCGCGUUUCCGUCUCUAUUUAUCUGUGGCUGGUGCCAGGCCUAUAGACCGACCUGGGAAGCUCGGUUCUGUGUGCCCCGAUGCCCACAGCGUGGUGCAGACGGCUGUAGAUACUGACGGGAGGAGUGUGGGAUCAGGUACAGAUGGGCUUUCUCACCUCUGGGCGAGCACUGACUGGCCUGCCCGGCCCCUCCGAGCUGCAGUUCCGAGGGUGACCACAGGCGUCGCCGCAGCUCACCGGUGUCUCCCUCCCUCCCAGUUCCACUGUGCCUACCAGCUGGCUGACUGGUGUCUCCACCACAUCUGCACCAACUACAACAACGUGUGCCGCAAGUUCCCCCGAGACAUGAAGGCCAUGUCCCCAGAAAACCAGGAGUACUUCGAGAAGCACCGGUGGCCGCCCGUCUGGUACCUGAAAGAGGAGGACCACUACCAGCGGGCGCGGAGGGAGCGGGAGAAGGAGGACUACUUGCACCUGAGGCGGCAGCCCAAGCGGCGCUGGCUGUUCUGGAACAGUCCCUCCGCGCCAUCCUCCGCCGCCGCCAGCGCGGCGUCCCCGUCGUCCUCCUCGGCGGUGGUCUGAGGCGCCGCCCCCUCCUCCGGACCCCGCGGCUGCUGUCCUCGUCCGCCCCCGCCCCGGCCCUCUGCUCUUCUGCGUCAGCCCUUCCACCCGACGGCAAGGGCCCAACCGGGACCCUAGGGGCCGAGCCGUCCUCGCCAGCCAGCGGGGAGCCGGAUCCCCACAGCGCUGCCUGCGCAGCCCCCAGAUCCAGGCCGGGGAGCCGCCUGCCGGGAAGCGGGGUGCGGGAACGAGCCCGGAGCGCUGGCGCCCUGCCGCAGCCGUCGUGGGGAGAGGGCGAGAGCUCCGGCCGGCGGCGGCUGCGCUGUUUGGAUCUCUGCUUGGUGCAGGGGGGCCGGGCCCCUUCCCCGUGAGCAGCGACCAUCCGGCCCGUCCCCCCGCCGUGUCUCUCCGUCCGUGGACGUGAGGGUCGGGAAGGUUCCGCGAGCACGUCCACGCAGUCGGCGAGAGGUGAAGGCGACUGAGCUCGAGGCGGAGCCCCGCGUGCUGGAGAAUGGCGGCCGGAGGACACGUGGAAGACUCGCCUUCGGCUUUCCCAGCGGCGGCUCCGG